AUGGGUCAUGCCGCAUGGCCCGAAGCAGUGGUACGUUUGACCGCCAAGACGUCGAGCUCGUUGCUGAUGGGGGACACCAUUGAGCGCGAGCAUGUUGUGAGCAUCGGUCUGCUGUCUGUCCGUCACAUGCCCGAGGAUCACCCCGCGCUUCUUCCGCGACAACAUGAAGCUGCUGUUGUUCUGCAUCCGGGUGCGCCGAGAACCAGCUCCAACCACAGCCUGAGCUGCUCUUCUCCUAAUUGCGCGUGGCUGUCGACCUACUGGAGCUUCUUCUCGACGUGCUUAUUGUUGUUGGUGUUGGCGUUGGUGCUGGUGCAUCUUCCUCGACGCAGCUUUGCCUCUGCCCAUGGCUCAGUGUCCACAGCUCGCUACGAUGACGAGUCCAGGGAGGCCGAGGUAGUUCCGGCGGCUGGACUAGUCAAGGUGACGAACCGCUGGCGCCUUGAGGAGGACGUUGAGAUGAAGACUCCGACCGCAGUCGCGGCCAACGCAUUCGCGCGUGCAGCUUUGACGGACAGGCGCAAGGCGAGGAAGAAGCCCAACUACCUCCACCACUGGGAGCGGUGCGCCAUCAUCAAGCGCGUCGCGGAGGGGGAGCCCCAGGCGGCGCUGGCCCGCGAGUUCGGCGUCACCCGCGCCGCCGUCUGCCAGAUGUACAAGAACAGGAAGAAGAUCCUCGCGCACGGUCGCGCGUCUCGGUCCAAGACGGUGGCGCUGCUCUUGGCGACGCUCAAGGCGCGGGGAACGAACCCAGCCGCAAUCCGCCGCGCAGCAGCCCGACUGACUUUCAUUUUGAUCGAGGAGGUGAUUGCGAGCUUCGAUACGCUCAACGAACCUACUGGUGCAACUGAGCAAUCGCUCUCGGCGUCAGAGCAGAUCAUCCCGUUCUGCGGAGUCGUCCUCGGCGACGAAAGCGCUGCGUUUGCGCGGGCCUUUGAGCAAUUGGACCCCGGCGCACCCACAGGCCAGAUCCAAGUGAAGAUGGAUGUGGUGGACGACGGACGUGUGUGCUGGCGACUGGUGUAUCUGGACGUGCCGGAAGACGUUUCCAGCUAUGAAGUGCUCGUCUUUUCGACUUUUGGAAAUGGCGGCGCAGAGUGCAGGGCGAUCGAGGUGCGUUGGCGACGACAAACUUUCAAUUCUUCAUCGUAA